CUCUCGCGCCGCGCACGAGCUUACUCUCUCUCGUUCACAACGGCGGAUUUUCGCGCGAAAAACCCGCGUUAUCGUGCGUUUCGCGAGUGUCCGCGGAUUCGUCCAGCUCGACAAGCCAGUCUCGAACGACGUGUCGCACAGGCGAAAGGCCCCUCGGCGCCGGGAAUACGUCGCGCGCGCAAAAAGAACGGAACGACCGCCACGGAGGGAGAGAGAGAUAGUGGGCGGAGUUUGCGCCUGGGUGAAGUGCUGGCGACGGAGACGCGCGAUUGUGUCGGAGGCGAGAGAACGACGCGUUCCUUCGGACGGCAGCUGGGAAGACUCGUCGUUUGUCUCGAAGAACGUCGUUCGCACGCCAGCCAGUGGAGGAGGUUAUGUUGAUCGCGACUACGGGCUACUGGUGAGCGCGUGAGCGUCGGGCGACCGUAAAUAAGGUGGAUGCGCACGCGGACGAACGACGGAUCGUCGCGAGCGUGAGGAAGGAAGAGGGAUCGCGUCGCGGCGGCCGGUGCGGGAGGCAGAUGCAUGGGACGCUCUGAUUGGCCGCGGCGGCUGCUAUGGCCGCCGAUUGGCGUACCGCACGCAUAUACUCGAAGGCACAGCACGGACGCGCACGUACACCCGCGAACCGCGUAGCAGUCGCUCGAGCGACCGAGGACAGUGAGAAGAGCGACGGAAACGGUCGGUCCGCGCGCGUCGUCGUCGUCGUCGCCGUCGCCGUCGUCGCAGUAUCCUUGUAAGGUGGAGAGCUUCGUGUGCGACGUUCGUGGCGCGGAUGGCUCGGAGAACGACGCCGAUCUUCAGCCAUAGCGAGCAGGAGUCGUAGAACCAUCACGAGAGUGAGAGAGAGAGAGAAAGAAGAAAGAUAUUAUAUAUAUAUAGAUAUAUAUACAUAUAGUGGAGAUUCGUCGAGGGGAGGAGUGCGGUCCGGGCGCGACGCCGACCGUCUCGACAUAACCGCGUAUACGUAAAACCCGACAAUCCGUCAAUGUUAGAGCCGCCGGAGGCACCCAAUUCUCAACUUUUGCCCUAUAUUGUGUAUACCAGAUUUUAGAAGUCGAUAAUUAAGAAGCGCGAGUGCGGAUCACCGGAGCGGAGUGGCACGGAGGAAACGCAACGAACGAACGAACGAGGAUAGAAGCGCAUCGCCGUGCGGGAAGGUAAAGCGUGUGCUGUGGCGCGGGAGCGAGCGAGAGACGCUCGGGAGCGACGGAGGGAGAAGGAGACAGGAACGUCCGACGAGAGAAACGGAGCGGAGUUAAAGCCGCCGUGCGACACGCAGAAGGACAAAGACCGCGGCGUUGGCAUAACCUCCAAAAGUCGUUUCGGAGCCGCGCGUUUCGGGGAUCGUUGCGCGAGUCAGGGAUCGGCGCGUACUCAAGUCACGAGGUAUUUGUAACGACGGAGAUAAAAGGGAGAAGGUGGGAGAGAGAGAGAGAGAGAAAAUAUAUUUUUGCAAGUGUGCAGCGCGCGCCUUCUACGAGAGCGACGAUUGAGGCACGGAGAUCCACGGGAGAGAGGAGCAACGAGAGAGAGAAAGCACGUGCAUCAUCAACAUCCGGCCAGCGGCAUCAUCCGACGAAGACAAUUAGGUGGCCGCGACAGUUCGCGGAGGCCGGAUCUGUUCAAGAGUUUUGUUACGCGUUUUUCCGCGACACCUGGUAUACGAGUAUAAACGCGUAGGUGCGUUACGUGCGUAGUGGUGCGACACGACGAGUGCGCUCCGUCGGUCGUUCUGGGCGCCGCGACGUAGCGGAUAUAAGAUAAAAAAAAAAGGAGAAACGCAAGGCGGCACACGCCACGCGUGCACACGCAUAUUAUAUAUAUAAUACACACGUCGUCGACGCGGACACGGUACGUGAAGCACGCAAACACGGUGGCCGGCUGAUCAACCACCGUCGGGAGUGAAGGUAGCGACGAGGGCAUCCGGUUGAUGGAUGAGACUGGCAGGAUGCUGCAACACGGAGGAUCAAGUGUGGGUCUGAUGGGUGGAAACCAGGGCCAGGCGGCCCAGAACACCGCCGGCUACGGCAGCAUGGGCCCGGUCGACGGCACCGCGGCGCAAGGCCCCGAUCAGACGGUCGAGGCCCGGAAACAGGACAUCGGUGAGAUCCUGCAGCAGAUCAUGAACAUCACGGAUCAGAGUCUGGACGAGGCGCAAGCGAGAAAACACACCCUCAACUGCCACAGGAUGAAGCCUGCCCUCUUCUCGGUGCUCUGCGAGAUCAAGGAGAAGACAGUUUUGUCACUGAGAAAUACGCAAGAAGAAGAGCCGCCAGACCCGCAGUUAAUGAGGCUGGAUAACAUGCUGAUCGCCGAAGGAGUCGCUGGACCAGAGAAGGGCGGUGGUGCGGGAGCCGCUGCGUCGGCAUCCGCGGCAGCUGCGGCCGGUCCACCUGGGCAACCGGACAACGCGAUCGAGCAUUCAGACUACAGGGCCAAACUUGCUCAGAUUAGGCAAAUUUAUCAUCAAGAACUAGAGAAAUACGAGCAGGCCUGUAACGAAUUCACCACUCACGUAAUGAACCUGUUGAGGGAACAGAGUCGUACUAGGCCGAUCACGCCGAAGGAAAUCGAAAGGAUGGUGCAGAUUAUCCACAAGAAGUUCUCCAGCAUUCAGAUGCAACUGAAACAGUCCACUUGCGAAGCCGUGAUGAUCCUGAGGAGUCGAUUUUUGGACGCCAGACGUAAAAGAAGAAAUUUCAGCAAACAAGCGUCCGAAAUUCUGAACGAAUACUUCUAUUCCCACCUCAGUAAUCCCUACCCGAGCGAAGAGGCCAAGGAGGAGCUCGCACGAAAAUGCGGAAUUACCGUGAGUCAGGUGUCUAAUUGGUUCGGAAAUAAGAGGAUACGCUACAAGAAGAACAUCGGUAAAGCGCAGGAGGAAGCGAAUCUGUACGCGGCCAAGAAGGCAGCUGGAGCAUCGCCGUACAGCAUGGGCGGUGCCAGCCAGGGCACCCCAACGCCGAUGAUGUCGCCGGCGCCGCCCGGAGGACCGCAGGACAUGGCCGGAUACAGCAUGGGAAUAAACGGCAGCGACUACGGCUCGCAGCCGUACAACGACGGCUCCAUGGGAUACGACCCCAUGCAUCAGGAGCUGUCGCCUUGAAAUCCUUAGGAGAAACGCAGGAAGAACGCAUACUGACAAACUUAAAAAAAAAAAAAAGAAAAAGCGAAAGAGAGAAUGUGCGUGUGUGUGUAUGCGUGAGUGCGAGAAUGAGCGGAAAAAAAGGAGAGUAAAAAAGCAGAAAAGAAUACGAAUACGAGACCGCGUUGUUAUCGCGAAUAACGCUCGCGCAAUCCGAUCACCUCACUAUCUGUGAUCCGAGGCUCGCCUUUGAACGGCGAGUAAUACGAACUAAAAAUCGAUAUUAAGCUAUUAAGAUUACGUAACGCGCUCGUGUCUGGAGGCACUCGUGUUCUCGCCUAAAAAUCGGCUAAGAUUUUUAUCCAAUUCGCCGCGCCUCCUCCCUGAUGAUCGCCGUUUCUCGUCUGUGAAUAUCUGUCUCGUGGAUACCGGAGGCCCUCGACGGAAAGAAGAGAGCCGAGAGAUAUAUCAGUAAUUCGAGAUUCCAUACUCGUGCGCGUAUUUUUUUUUCUUCUUUCCUUCGUUCCUUUAAAUUUUCCACGUUACGUUAAUGUCGACCGAGACUUGCGAGAAGACCCGUCGCCUCCGGAAUCGGGAUCUCCCUCUCGGCGGACGUCGAGAAACGUUGCGCACCACGCGAUCUUGCCAGAAUGUGUCGCACGGAAUAUUUCUAAGCUUUUUAUGAAGCGAAAAGCCGCAUUCCGGAGUUAAUGCGCGCGUGAAAUGCCCUGUAAAACGGUCCUGCGCGAAAGAGAGAGAAAAAAAGAGGAGUCUGCUCCGAAGCGAUAUAUUCCGCGAUUUGAGAUUCUCUCGGACUUCCGAGACUCUAACAUCGACACGAAUGCUUCCAGCCAUCGACGACAGUGUUUUUCUCCCCUCUUACCCCUUCUCAUCUGCGAUCCAUCAAGAGCAAAAAAAGAUAUAUAGCGGAACGCGGAAUGAUAUAUAGCAGACGCGUUGAGAGAAAUAAAGGUGCGAGAAUGAACGAGAAAGAGAGAAAGAAAGAGAGACAGAAGCAAUGGUCCUGCGACACAACACUAAUGUAUACGAUUUUUCAACACGAAAAUAUUAUAUAUUGUAGCUAUAUAUAUAGAAGUAUAUAUAAAAGAGGAUAGUAUAUAGGCAACCAUAACGGCUAAAUGAAUCAUUGUAAUGACGAAUGGUAAUUAAUACGGCGAAGAUUAUUAUUAUUAUUAUUAACUAGUUUAUUUUUAAUUAUAUUAUAUUAUUGCCAUUAUUAUUAUCAUUGAUAUUAUUAUUAUUAUUAUUACUAUUAUUAUUAUUGGCGGUUCUCGCAUUGUGAUAAUCGCAAACUGUAAUUGUAACAUUAUGAUGAUAAUAAGUAUCUAUGGGUUAUUAAAGUUUAUCGUCGACUCGAGAAAGAGAGAAAGAGAAAAAGA